ACAAAACAAAACCUACUUGUCUUUUUUACUUAUCUAGUCUGUAAGGAAGAAGUGAUUUUUAUUUCUACAAUAGAAUGUUGCAAUAAAGCUAAAAUUAUAUAUUUUUAUACCAAAUAUAAUGAAAACACGUACGUUUUUCUCUGUUUAUUUACUUUUAUAAGCGUAUAAAUUAACGAAUAACAUGCUCGUGUGGGAUCCCUGUGGACUGGUAUGUGUUUUAAUAACAUACUUAGCAGUGUUUUAUGCAGAUUAUGUUGUAAUUAAAUUCGUAAUACUACAAACAAUGCUAGACAGUUUGUGGGGUACCUUCAAUGUAGUCACAUUCAACACGGUAAUAUUCUUAUUAAUCAUAUCACAUAUCAAGGCAGUUGUGACCGACCCGGGCACGGUUCCGUUUCCUCAAUCAAAAAUAGACUUCUCAGACAUCCAUUCAUCUGAUUCCUCCGGCUGCGAACAAACUUUAAAUUGGACGAUUUGCGCCAAAUGCGAGACUUACAGGCCGCCCAGAGCGCACCAUUGCAGGAUAUGCCAAAGAUGCAUCAGAAAAAUGGACCAUCACUGUCCUUGGAUAAACAAUUGCGUAGGGGAAUUGAACCAAAAAUAUUUUAUACAAUUUUUAGUAUAUGUUGGAAUACUAUCAAUUUAUGCUGUGGUUUUAGUGGCUUCGUCUUGGAUGAAAGAAUGCAAGGACUGUGAUAGCGACAUUCCGAUGAAAGAGAAAAGAAUUCUGCAUUCGAUAAUACUCCUGUUGGAGAGCGCCUUGUUCGGUUUGUUUGUGUCUGCGAUCCUCAUCGAUCAGCUGCAAGCUAUACUGACUGACGAAACGGCCGUGGAGCAGGUGAAAAAACAGGGCCCCCAUCGGCCCUACAAGCCGAAGAUGAUGCUGCUCGGCGAGGUUUUCGGCAAAGAACAUCCCGUUUUUUGGUUGUUCCCUUGUUCUUCCGUGCCGCGAAAAGAAGACGCCAUUCUCAACGAUUAUGUCGUUUGAAAGGCUAUUUUAAAAAAGACGAAAUUUCUGUGGAACAUUGGCGAGCUGUAAUUUUGUGUUUCGCCUUGAGAGCUUAAGUACUUGGCUUAAAAUAUCUGCUAUUAUCAUUGAUAAUGUUUAUUUAUUGUGAUAAGUCGAGAUAUUUUUUUUCGAAAGUGUGCGAAAAUUAUUACAUUUUUAUCACAAAAAACCAUUUCGCCUAAUAAAUGCACAAAUACGUAUAAUUUUACUUAUAUAUGUACAUUGUAAAAAAAGAGUAUUAUUUAUUUAAAUAAAUGAUUUUUGUUAUGGCUAAUUUUUGAGGAAACAAUAGGUUAUUCUUAUAGCACAUUGC